CACAAAGCCGUAGGAAAUUAUGAUAACGAAGUGGCCACAAGAUGUGUUUUCUCUUAUCAUCCUUAGUGAUAAACGGCCUAUGUUUUAUGGACAGAUAGAUCUGACUGUCGGUAGUAUAGGGUCGGAAACUGUUGAGGUGGAUUCCGACUCUCUGGAAGGAGAUCUGGAUUUCUUUAAGGUUGAUGUUUAGCAUAGACUGCUAGUGCCCACACCUAAGUCUCCAAGAUGGACCAUUGGGACAGUGUACCGUGCCAAUGUCCUGAACAACAAGGCAACAUAAAAGAGGACUUAGGCACCAUCACACUGAUGAACAUCAACGAAUUAAAGACAACCAUAAAAAACUGUGGAAACAUCAAUGCACCGAUUGACGAAAGCUCCCACACUAUGCUGCAUAUCGCGUGCAAGACCAACAGAAUAGACUUGGUGGAGUAUUUGCUCUCCUCUCCCGAUCUCCACCUCAACUUGGCCGAUGGUGAUGGCUGGACACCCCUGAUGUGGGCAGCAAUUAAGGGCUUCACCGACUGCGUUCGUUUGCUUGUUAAUACGAAGACACAGUGCGCCAUUAACCUGAGAACGAAAGACAGGAGUGGGUUCAGCGCAUUCCGUCUGGCGUGCAGAGAAGAACACUGGGACACGGCCAAUGCUCUUCUGCCCCACCUCCUUCCCCACGAUAAAUUAGACGACGGCCGCCUCCUCCCUAAGCUGGACGCGGAGUUAGACGGGGACCUCGCUUCACAGACCCUAUCUGGCUCACUCCGGAAGCUGAAGGAACUCGGGAGCAACGCGGACGUGGCGGUCCUAAAUGGCACGCUCUUCCUAGCCAGUGAGAGACAGCCGGAUGUCGUCGUGUUCUUACUCGAGACUUACGACUUCGACGUCCUCAUACUGAACGAGGCUCUGCUGGAGGCCGCUGGGUCGUGUUGGUCGUCCAGUAGCUCCGUGGUGAGGGUUCUGCUGCGAAAAAAGGAAUUUGAAGGUGACGUCCUGGGUAGGGCGAAGUCCUUGGCCGAAACGUGUUCCCAUGAUGACGUUGUGGAUCUCCUGGAGCAUAUGGCGGCUCAUGGCGUGCUUCCGGACACCGAACAGGUUUCUCAGGAGUUCGUCCCGUGUCGAUGUCCACAGCCAGAGGAGCUGCAGUACCCGGACUACAAGCUCAGAAAAAGUGCGAAGCCAGAAGGACCUACGGAUUUCCAAUGUUUGCUAGACGCUGCCUGCUUUUCUAAGGACAUCUCCCAGGUGAAGAUGCUGUUGGACUACCGCCACAUUCACCUAAACUUCCGGGACCAGCAAGGCUACACGCCCCUUAUGGUGGCCGCCAGUGAAGGGUUCAGUGAAUGUGUCCAUGCUUUGACACUUUCGUCCACGAGGUGUGGCCUCAACAUCUGUGUGAGGUUAAACAAUGGCGAGAACGCGUUUAUUCUAGCCUACGAGCAGAAGAACUGGAAGACCAUAGACGUCCUCCUCUACAAGUGCGACCGAGAAGCCACCGCCGACAAGCAGCUGAUCAAGGUCCUCGCGCAGUCCAACAUAGACGAACUUCGAUCAAAUCUCGGCACUCAGACUUACUCCGCAAAUGCUCUGCUUGGCGGGCUCUACUCGGCUCUUUUCUUGCGGAAUUCCGAGGCCGUGAUGGAACUUCUUCGCUACCAGAGCAGCGACCUCGGCAAACUCUGCAUUGUGGCGACCGUCGCAGCCAUGGAUGGCCAGUGGGACGCGGUGAAGGCGGUGACAGAUAUACUGGAAAAAAAGAAUCUCAGUGAGCAUCAGAUUUCCCAACUGGAGAUCGUGCUCUGGGAAGCCGUCCGUGCCAAUGAGGUGGCCAUGGUGAGAGUGCUGAGCGACAUCCUACGUGUCAAUCCUCGCACAGCAGUGACCGGGAGACCCACGACGUCUGAACAAGAGGCCCACACGCGCGGCCACACCGACGUCGUGGCCACCUUCAACAAGAACGCUCCUCCAGCCAAACUCACGGCCGAGGAGGAGCAGAUCUACAGGGCAAUGGCGCUCCACAAACGACGAGUGAACGAUCUCUUCAUUGCUGUGUGGGCCGGCCAGACUGGGGACGUGAAUAAGAUUCUGUCCUCAAGGAGUGACGUAAGCAUCUCCCUCCCUGGGUUUGUGCGGGACAUCGGGGGCGCCACCUUGCCCCACGUCCUCAUCGCGGGCAUGCAAGUGUGUACGCAGGAUCCUGUCUGGGAUAAUUAUGUGGAUGUGGAAAGGUUGAUUGAGGCACAUGGACUCUACACGAACUCGGUCGAUUGCAAAGGACGGACUGCCCUACACCUCUUGGCCGAAGGAAAUUUCUGGGACAGACGUUAUCAAGAGGACACCUCGAGCCAAAAGUCACUUCCUUCAGGAUGGGAAGACUCUAGCGACGAGCGGGCCCUGAUGGCUGUGAAGGCUGGGGUGGAUCCGAGGCUCAGGGACCACCGGGGACAAUGCCCGCUGGAUAUCGCCCAGCGCAAGAAACGAGUGGAGCUUGCAGAGACGCUAAGAAAGAAAUGCGAGGAACUGGGUCCUCUGGAGACGCCGGAAGAAAGCGUUCUGUCUGAAAAGUUCGCCAACAUGCUGAUGGCUGCGAGCAUGGGCGACGUGGCACAGACGAUGUCUCUUCUUCAGGAGCGAGUGCCACUUGAGCCUCGGGAUGGGUAUUCCGGACCCCUCCACCUGGCACUCACUCGAGGGCAGCGUGACGUCAUGAUGCUCUUAUUGGCUGGAGGAGCACCGAUCACUGCCACCAGUAGUGAUGGCCUCACCAUUCUCGAGGCUGCACACCGCACUCCCGACUUGCCUGCACUCUUCCCAGCUGUCAUUAGGGAGGAGUAUGUACGAGGUAUACAUGAAGAAUGGAUCAGUAUCAAAGGUGACAGCGAGGAGGAGCAACUUCUGAAAACAGGUCUCCUUGAACUGCUGAAAGACGUGCAGAGAAUUGGACACAGGACGUCUUGGCCAAAGGAAUAUAACCUUGAGGAUAACUGGAGGAUGCUGACUGCAGCUGCGCGCCUUGGCUUGCCCUUGGCUAGUCAUUUCCUCGUCCAGGGAGGUGCUAGAACUAAUUUAAUUCCUAGCGAUAGGAAUCAUCCUCUGGCUGCUGCCUGUGAAUCUUCCGAGCAACAUAUGAUAGUCACCUUGUGCAGAGACUUACGGAUCAUGCCAUAUCACGUACCUAGAGUAAGUGAAGAUGACCUUCCUCAUGGCCUUCUCACGCACCUUCUGAAAAGGGAAGAGGAUGUUCUCUACGAACUGAUGCUCAAAGAAAGAAGACGAGAAUCAGCGGUCCAGGAAUUUCUAGACUACUUAUCAGAUCUCCAAACUCCGAAACGAGUGGGUCAUCCUUCUGCGUCUGCGAUGUGUCUAAUAGGAGAACUAGGAAUGGUUCACACACUUCAUGCCAUAAGGAAACGGGUUGAAGUGAACUUGGAAAUGGAACUCGAACCUGGUUCAAAGUCUCAGUUGAUACAUAUAGCAGCUCUAAGAGGCCAUAAACCUCUUUUGGAAUAUUUGGUUCGCUGUGACGUACAGACAGAUAUAGUUGUGAGUGGUGACAUGACGCCUGCACAUCUGGCAGCCCUCAUGGGUCACUCCGCUUGCCUCAAGUACCUCAGGCAUUUCCCAGGUGAAUCUGCCCAGUCAGCUGUAGGCAUGACACCAGAUGAUAUAUUACAAGCACAUGAUGACUACGUUAAAUCGGUGCAUCUCAACCUGGUCUCAAAUUGGGAGGAAGAUAUGAUCGUGAAUGAGAGUCGCGCGGAGGUAAGCACUCGGGUGUUACUGCGCGGCAAGUGUGUAAGGCUCGGUAUUACAUGCCCUGAAACUCUGCGUCAAUGUGCACUAGCCAAGAAGGUCGAUUUCAGUGAUUCCCAUAACUACCGCAUGAAGAACACAAUAGAAAGGGAAAUGAAAAGAUUAUGUGAAGCAAUUGCCCGAGUUGACAGUCGUUACAAAGGACAAAUAGUGAAUGUAGGAUCUGUGGCUGAGAAUGUUCGGAUGUUACUGCCUGAUGAGAUGGACUUUAAUCUUCAACUAGAUUCUUACGAUGGCUUUAAGGAAGGCAAAGUCACCAUCAAAGUUGAACAAAAACCAAAGAGCCGCAACAGACUGGACUGUACUGACGACGAAGUGAAAGUAAGUGUCGAAUGUAAAGAAGACCCUGAAUUGUUUAGAGGAAGUAAUUUCCUGAAAUAUUUUGAAGAGGCUGUCAGGAAGGCACUGCAAACAUUUAGCUUUGAAAGUCCAAACUUGUCUAUAAUUUAUCCAGGAAUAGAAAUGACGAAAGUAGGCCUUGCAAUCUUCGUCGCCUGGAGUGAGAAACAAAAUGGGCCUCUAGUGUUGAUGCCCAGUGUUGACUUGGUACCAGCUAUCUGCGUUCCAUGGCCCGAGGGUAAUCGUUUCUCUCAGUUACCUGAACAUAUACAAGAAGUAGCAAAGGACAUACCAGUAAGCAUCACUUGCUGUGGAGAUAAUGCAUGGAGGUACAGCCUGUCUGAAGUGGAAGCUCGAAUUCUUUCCAGCAUCACAGACAAGCAAAGAGUUGUUAUCCUAGCAUGUAAACUCUUGUGUUCUUUGCUCAAGGCAGAUUGGUGGUAUCCUAAAAAAUAUAGGAAUCAUUACCUGGUAUGGGAUCAUGUUUAUCUCAAGCUGAAUGUCCCUGUUUCGUACAUCGUUAAGACUUUGUUCAUUAAGGAGCUAUCCUCACAGACCAGAGAAGAAUGCUGGAAUAACGAGAAUUUCAUGGAACGAGUGAUGUCUAUAUUUCGAGGCAUGGUCCUUAUCAGUGAAGAUAAGGAAGUAAUCCGAGCUGAUAAAGUACCCUCUUUUCUCCUCCCUAAUUUUGAAUCGCAAAGGUUUGGAGACGGUGCUCCUACCAUCAUCAAGUUUCUGGAGGAUUUAGCAGCGGGCAAGAUCUGCAAUGUCGAGCAGGGGAGUUUGCCAAAGUUUACUCCAAUCUAUGCAAAAGAAGAGUUUGAAAAUUUUGAGGAAUAUAAUGUCCCUACCGUGGUGGAGCCAGUAGAACAACAAUACGUUUGUCCAGAAUACAAAAGCACAGAUGAUUUUAACAAAGUUGAAGCUUCUAGUAGUGAAGACGAGGAUUUUGAUGUGUAUGGAUGAAGACUGGCUCGCAAGAGAUGAUAUUCGUGCUUGUGGUGUGUUUUAUAUACUUCGAAAUUGUAAAUAUCUUUUAUAUAUACAUUGUACUUAAAGUUAUGGUUUAUGUUCAGUUCAUCGUGUACACUAAGGCAUUUAAUUUGCAUGUAUAAAGUUCAAGAAUUAUGUAUCAUUUGUGUUCACAUUCAUUUCUUUACAUCUGUAUUCACUCUAGCGCCCAUAAUGCUUUGCGGCAGAGAGAACCUUUGUUUACAUUCCUGCAUAACAUAAACUUUAUACUGUUAUUUCAACAAUAAUAUAAAACAUA